GAAACCCAAUCUCCAGCUCAUUCUUUUGGGCACUUGAUCCCAAUUUCGCCAAGUUCCCAAUCCUAGCAUUGGGAUCCUCAACUUGUCUCAAGCACAUCCUCGUGAAAUUAUGACAGAAGUUCUCAAAGCACUGCAGGAAUUGAAUGUGUGCUGGAAGAAGAUAGGGCACUACAACAUGAAGUGCAGGUGCAUUCCUGGCAUCCCUGGUCAUCUUGAAGGCAUGGUUAACAAUGCUGUGCACAGUAGUCAUUAUUUUGGUGAUGAAUCAAGCAUUAUUGAGAAUGGUGGGAUUAUUCAAUCACCAAAUAUCGUCAAGUUUGAGCUGCAGGAGGAAGCUGGAAAACGUGAAUGCAAUAUUUGUCAUGAUGAAAUAAAUCUGGGAUAUGGGAGCUACUGCUGUGCAGAUUGCGACUAUUUUGCUCAUGUAAAUUGUGCAAUUGAUAAAGAUCUUUUGGAAGAUGAAGAGUCCAAACUAUCAGAUGACUUGACUGCUAUCUCUCCUGCUUUUCAGGAAAUCAAACCUGGAGAGAUAAAGCAUUUCAGCCAUAAACACAACUUAAUAUUGAGUGAUGAUGGGGUUGAGGAUGGCCAAAGUUGUGAAGGUUGCAUGCGUUCCAUCUCUACUUCAUUUUACUAUUGUGCACAAUGUAAUUUCUUUCUCUGUAAGUGCUGUGUUCAUGAGUUACCCAAGAAGGUGCGUCACUGGACUUGCAUGCAUUUACGAGAACUCUUUUUCUAUUCCAUUUUUAAUUGUGGCUAUUGCUGGUUUUGGAUUAGUGGGUUUGGCUACAAUUGUACUGCAUGCAACAAGCUUAUGUGCAUUCGGUGUCAUGAAAUUCUCGACACUCGUAUUGUAAAUAUAGAAGGACAGGAGCACUUCCUUUUCUUUGACCACAAAUACGAAGGGAAAUGUUAUGGUUGUGAUGAUGAUUUUUAUCGAAACAGUUUUAGAUGCAAGGACAAGAAAUGCAAUUUUGCGUUGGAUUAUAGAUGCCUUGUGCUGCCAAAAACAGCUCGGUACAAAUAUGACGAUCAUGCUCUCAAGCUUACUUAUCGUGAUGAUCAUGAUCUAAGUCAAUGUUAUUGUGACAUAUGUGAAGAAGACAGAGAUCUGAAGCAGUGGUUUUAUCAUUGUGCUGAUUGCGAUGUUUCUGCUCAUCCUAAUUGUGUGCUUUGGAAAUCCCCAUUUGUCAAGCUCGGGAAACCAUUCCGGAUUGAUGUUCACGAACACCCUGUCACUUUGGUGAAGAUAGAUUUUUACCCUCCUAAAUGCAACGAUUGUGGUAAGCCUUGUAGAGAUGACCUAUCCAUUCAAUGCACAGAGCCAGAUUGCACCUACAUAUUCCAUUGGGACUGCUACCGGAGUAAAAAUUUUAGGAUUUGGUAUCUUCUACAUACAGACUAAAGAACUGACACUGGUAUUGUUCGUAUGAUAUUAUGUCUCUUAUGAAGGUAGACGAAAAUGAGAUAUCUCAUUUGCACUUAGUUUUGUUUUCAACUAAUUUUUAAGUUUAGUUUGAUCUUCUAGCUGCCGGGUGAUGGGUGAUGUUGUUGGACUAUAACUUAUUUGUUUCGACCAAAUAUGUGAUAUGACUAUUGUUUGAAAUUUGAAUGUAUUGCUUUGAUUAGUUUUUUUUAAUCAAUAAUUCGGUUGUCU